GGUUAUAUGAUAUGCUUGCAGCCAAACAUAGCCAAUAGCGUCCAAAAACCAUUUGGGGGUGUUCACUUGUCAGGAGUAGAGACAAUACUGAACCCCUAAAACUUAACCGAACACGACAAUGGAAGUCCCCGAUGCUAGAAACCAUGCCGCGAAACGCAAACGGGACGACGUCGUAUCGCCGUCGCCGUCGAUUAGUCUAUCGAACGGAAACGAUGCCGGAUACGACCUCUCUCUCCUGGAAGCCAUCGAGAAAUCCCAAAGCGCAGUUGAAAUGCUGGACCUCAAAACCCUAAAGAAGCUAGUCCUCUCCUUCGAGCGCCGGCUCAAGGACAACAUCGAGGCCCGGCUCAAGUACCCGAACCAACCCGACCGGUUUGCCGACUCCGAAAUCGAGCUCCAUGAGGAGCUUCAGAAGCUCAAGGUACUCGCCGGAGGACCCGAGCUCUAUCCGGACCUCGUCGCUUUAAACGCAAUCCCUUCCAUCCUCAACCUUCUCGGCCACGACAACACCGACAUUGCCGUCGACGUCGUUCAGCUGCUUCAGGACUUGACCGACGAGGACGUCCUCGACGACAACGACGAGCCCGCCGUCGUUCUCGUCGAAGCCCUUUUGGAGAACAACGUCCUCGAGCUCUUGGUUCAGAAUCUCCACCGGCUUUCCGAUUCCGAUUCCGAUCCCGACGAGAUGGCGGCCGUUUACAACACGCUCGCUACCAUCGAGAAUCUGAUCGAGGUCAAACCGGCCGUCGCUGAGAUGGUCUGCGAGAGGACCAAAUUGCUUAAAUGGCUUCUGGGGAAGAUUAGGGUUAGGGAGUUCGACAGCAAUAAGCAGUACGCUUCGGAAAUCCUGGCGAUUUUGCUGCAGAGCAGCACGGCCAACCAGAAGAGGCUUGGGCAGAUGAAUGGCGUCGAUGUGUUGCUUCAGGCGGUGGCCAUGUACAAGUCUAAGGAUCCAAAGAACCCGGAUGAGGCCGAGAUGUUGGAGAAUCUGUUUGACUCUUUGUGCUGCUUGUUGAUGCCGUUGGAGAACAAAGAGAGGUUUGUGAAGGCUGAAGGUGUGGAGUUGAUGAUUAUUAUCAUGAAGCAGAAGAAAUCGGCUUAUGGGUCGGCCAUUAGAGCGCUUGAUUUUGCUAUGACCAAGUACCCGCCGGCUUGUGAACGUUUUGUUGACGUUUUGGGGUUGAAGACCGCAUUUGCUGCAUUUAUGGGUAAGAUUCCCACAAAUAAGAAGAACAAGAAAGAGCGAUAUCAAGAAGAGUUGGAAGAGCGUAUUGUCUCUCUGAUUGCAUCUUUAUUUGGUGGAAUAAUGAGGGGUUCUAGAAGGGAAAGAUUGCUUAGCAAGUUUGUGGAAAAUGAAUGUGAAAAGAUAGAUCGGCUUAUGGAACUCUAUUUGAGAUAUUCUGAAAGGGUUAAAGCAGAAACUGAGCGGAUAAAGCAGCUUGAACUUGAUUAUUUAGAGAUGGAUGAAGAGGAAAAGUACAACCGGAGGCUAGAAUCUGGGCUUUACACUCUUCAGUUGAUUGCUAUUAUUCUGGGUCAUCUUUGGUGCUCCGAGCAUGCUCAAAUGAGAGCACGAAUUGAACUACUUCUGAAGCAGCAAAAACUCACCAAGAAGAAUAUUAAGGAUAUACUUCAGGAAUAUCAUGACAACAUAGGUGAUCUGGAUGGACUGGAAGAGAAGGAGCGGGCACAGGCAAAGAUUCAAAAGUUCAUCUCAGCACUCUGAUCGAUAGACGUUAGUUUUAUUCACCGAAAAAAAAGAAAAAAAAAAAAAAAAAAAAGGAAAAAAGAAAAAAUGAAAAGAUGUUGUUAGUCUCUAGGGGCGUGUUAUUUUGUAGUGAUUUUGUAAAAGUAGUUCUAUGUUGUGUUAUUUACCUAUCCACAACAUUUUUGUGAAGUAGCACUUGAAAAAAAAAAAAAAAAUGCUGUUAAAAGUAUUAUUUUUGAAAUUAUACGUAUAAGAAAAUGUUUCUAAAUCUAAAAUAGAAAAAUAUUAGACAUUUAAUAUUUUAAUUGAGGCAUCAAACCCUUUUUGUAUUAAAGAAACGCUUAUUAAAUAUGAUUGAAUAAAAAAAUCUUAAUAAUUCAUAGUCUA